UGGUGUUUUAAAUCCUUCAAGGUCAUCAAGUUGCCUUUGGUUUGGUUGUCGUCUGUCAAAUGUAGCAGUUGUUUUGUAAAUUAUAAACCUUGUAAAAUAAUGCCGAAAAAACAAAUAUUCCAAAGUGUUCCCUGAGUAAAGGUGUCGGGUAGGACUUUUCAAGCAAUAAAUGGAUUUGCAGCAUCCACAACAUAAACAACAAAUUUUCCAUACAGUAAUAUACGGUAAGUUAUUAAAGAAGCCGCAUUUUGUUUGGAAGAUAUUUGAAAAUGUUGCCUGAAGACACUUUUGCUAUUUGUGAUAAAUAUUGUGAUGAAGAGGGUGUGAAGAAUGGGGAGAAAGACAAUCAUUCUAGGAUAAAUGGUCAUCGCAAUACUCUUUGUCACUUUUUGCAGCAUACUUGUUACACAUGUAACGGGUAUUAUGGGCCAUGUUUCGAAGAUCCAAUUUGUUCAACGUGCCACGCUUUUUUGUUCCCAAAUACUGCCCCAACUCUGGAGAGACCUUUGACACUUGAAAGAUCAAGUGACAGUGACUCAGGUAACGAUGAACCCGUGGAUAAUAGUCAAGAAAGUAUGCCGAACGUGUAUGAAGAACUGGUAGGAAAGAUGGCGCCUGUGAGAGUAGAUACUUUAGCUAAAGAAUUGCAAAGACUGUCUGUUGUAGCACAUCACAUUACUGACAUGAAUCUUGAAUUGUUUCCACCCGAAGUCCUAAUGCACAUGUUUCAAUAUUUAGAUGAAAUUUCUUUAUGGAGUAUAGGUCAAGUUUGUCGACGCUGGCGUGAGGUAUUGUUUAUGUGUGUAAAAUUAGAACGCUGGAGAGAUUUCGUUCGUUUAAGAUGGCCAUUACUGCCGAUAGAGAAUUACGACCAAGACUGGUAUGAAUUAUACACCGCUAUGAUGCUUAGUUCUUGUUGUUUGAAAUGUAUCAAACAAAUGGCUGCUCAGAAACUGCCACCGCAGUGGGAAGAAAGUUCUUGGCGAAGACACAGAUUAAGAACUGAACUUAAGACAAUGAGGAACGAUCCGCUGGACGGUAUUGAGGCUAUUCCUCUUGAUACUUAUUGUUGUCAUUGGCAGGCGACUAUAGAGGGACCAGCUGGAAGUCCAUAUGAAGGGGGGUUAUUUUUUCUCUAUAUUCAGGUACCUACAUCAUACCCAUUAGAUCCGCCAAUCGUACGCUUUGUUACCAAAAUAUUUCAUCCCAACGUAUCAAGACAUGGGGAUAUUGGAAUAGAUUCUAUUCACCAUAAUUGGUCAUUGGCGUUAACAAUAAGCAAGUUGUUGAUUUCAAUACAGUCGCUACUGACAGAUCCGUAUUGUGACGUAUGUAUGGAACCUGAAAUAGGAAACAUGUAUUUAAAAAACAGGCGAGCUUUCGAGGAACAGGCAAGAUUAUGGACAGCUCAUCAUGCAAUGCAUGAUAUGUUACCACAUUAAGUGGCGGUGUUUGAUAAGUGAUAUAUUGCUGUUAAUGAUUGUGUUUGUUGUUUUUUUAAUUCUUGAAGGUGUAUAAAUUCUUUUUAUUUAUAUGACUUGGUGGCGUUCGAAACGGAUAUUAAGUUCUUUGUACUUUCGUUCGUUGUUGUUAAUGUGUUAAUUGUUUAAAUUUGUAUAAACAAAGUUUGUAACAGAUUAUUAUAGAAAGUUA